UCCAGCAGGGGGCGGUAAAUGGACCAAUCAGCUGCUUUGUCUCAGUGUGACGUCCAGCGGAAGUAAAACUAAAGGCUCCAGCAGCAGCUUGUUUGGACUCAGCUGGAAGACGGUUGUGUUUUCGUAUCUCAGCUGAAUAUUUCAGUAGUUUCAGUAACAAUGUCUUCAGUUCAGCAUCUGAGAGAGUUUAUCAGAGAGCGACUAACUGCUGCUGCUGAAGAAAUCUUCUCAGAGGUUGAGAAAACCAUCGUCCGCUACGAGGAGGACGUCAGACUGCUGGGAACCUGCUGGAAACCUCAGAUAAACACGACCAGAACCGAUAUCCAAAAGCCACAUGUCUCUAAUGAGGAGGAAGCUUCUGCCAUCCAAAAGCUCUGUAACCAGGGAAGGAGUUCCAGUCAUGACCAGGAGGAAUCAGAACCUCAGUGGACUGAAGACAAACAAAUGGAAUCAGAUCCUCCUUUAUUUGAAGAACAGGGGGACCCAGGACCUCAAUGGAUUAAAGAGGAAGAGGAGGACCUAGAACCUCCAAUGACAGAAGAAGAAAAUGAGAAACCCACGUCUUCAAAGGCUAAAGAGGAACAGACUGAACCAGAUUCUCUACUGAUUGAAGAACGAGAGGAACCAGAACCUCCAUGUAUUAAAAAAGAAGAAGAGGAGCCAGAAUCUCCACUGCUCGAAGAACGGGAAGAAACAGAAUCUCCAUGGCCUAAACAUGAACAACUGGUACCAGAACAUUUAUCAACUAGACAGGACCAGAACCUUCACAGCUGUGAGGAGGGAGAGCAGCUUGUCCAGAAGCGGUCCGUUGCUUUGAUGGAGACUUCUACUCUUCAGGAAGGUGAUUUGAGUGAAGGAGAACCAAGACUGUUUUCUUGUAAAACGUGUGGGAAAAGUUUUAAUAGACGUUAUCACUUAAGUUUACACCAAAAAAUCCACACUGGAGAGAAACCUUUUUCUUGUGAGACAUGUGGAAAAGGUUUUAUCCAAAGUACAGAUUUGAAUAAUCACAAAAGAACUCACACUGGAGAGAAACCUUUUUCUUGUGAAACAUGUGGGAAACGUUUUACUAGACGUUCUCAAUUAAAUGCACACCAGAAAACCCACACAGAUGAGAAGCCUUUUUCAUGUCAGACAUGUGGAAAAAGUUUCUCUUUAAAGGGUAGUUUAAACUUUCAUAAACAGAUUCAUACAGUUGAGAAACCAUUUCCUUGUCAAAUUUGUGGGAAAGGUUUUAUUAGACGUUAUCACUUGAACGUACACGAGAGAAUCCACACAGGUGAGAGGCCUUUUUCAUGUGAAAUAUGUGGAAAAAGUUUCACUGAAGUUUGGAGACUUAAUUUCCAUAUGAAACAAAAACACAAAAAUGAAAAUAGCCAUUAGACUUUCACACAGAUUUACAAUUAUGCAUAUUUAAACUUUUCUUAGUAGUUUAGAAAAUAAAAAGUAACUAACGUUCUUAGGCGUGAAGGCCAGAUGUUGGGUUUAUCAGAACCAGGUCUUAAGAAACCUUUCUGAGUCUGAACACCAGCAGCUUGGACCUCAUGGACAAACAGACCUUUUUCAUACUAUUGUUAAGAUCAGCUUAAUCGCAGCGUUACUGCCUGAUAGAGGCGAUAUUACCCUGCUUUGUACACAGUCUCCUCAGAAGAAGAGAAGAACUUAAAAAGCAGGAAUGAAAUGAUAACUCAUCAGAAUAUCAGAGCAGGUUUUGGAUCUUUGUGGUUCCUAAGAGGCAGAUGAUCCAGAUAGUAAAACCAGCUGAUUUCUUCACACAGUUUCUUAUAAACAAGAGUUGUUGGACUUGUUUCUUCUUCUGCUUUUGAUCUGACUUCCACUGGUUUAUCUGCUGUGUUUGGUGCCACCCUUUGAUUAAGAGUAUUACUGUUGCCGUUUGGCACACAGUCAACCGGGUCAUAAAAGUCUGGGCUGCAUGCCGACUACCACAGGAGAUCCUAGUGGACCUUAAUGGGCAGGUAUAGAUCAUGACAUUUCUGCCCAACAGGCUUUGAGAGGACUGGGAGGCAUGAAUUAGGCCUUAGCUGCAGGGUCUCUGUGUGAAGGACCUGUUUUAAAUGAAUGUAUUCAACCAGAGUUAGAGGUCAUGUUUCUGACGAUGUUGCAGAUUGUCUGAUUCCAGUUCAAACGUGAUGGGGCACCCACUCCUGGAAAACUGGGAGCUGUCUUUCAUGUUUUCACCCAGUGAGAAGUCAUUUUGUUGUACAAUGUUUCUUUUCAAUAUUCAAUAAAGUGACCAGUCUUCA